AGUCAACUCUAUUGGUAGGAACUAAUAAAGGAGUACUUUUACAAUACAAAGUUUCUAGAAGUAAAACCAAAGGUGAUGCUAAAUUUGAGGUGCUACUAGAGAGGUCCAAUAAGUCUUUUUCAAAGAAACCUAUAACUCAGCUUGCGGCUGUGCCUGAACUGUUCAUUCUUAUCAGUUUGUCAGAUAAUGUCAUCAGUGUCCAUGAUUUAACAACAUUCUCUUUAGUCACUUGUGUUAACAAAACCAAGGGAGCUAACUUAUUCGCUAUAGAUGUCCAGAAAAGACAGACUCAAAAAGGUGAAGCUGUGUACUUGAGACUGGGUGUUGCUUCCAAGCGAAAAAUUCAGCUGUUUUUCUGGGAGAAUAGAGACUUUCAUGAAUUAUUGAAUGAUUUAAGCCUCUAUGACUUCCCCCAUGCCCUGUCCUGGUGCAAAGAUUCCUUGUGUGUCGGCUUCAAGAGAGAUUACUACAUCAUUAAUUCGAAAAAUGGCAACUUGAAGGAGUUAUUUCCAGUGGGGAGCAACCAGCCAGACCCGCUAGUCACCCGGCUUCGUGACGACAGACUAGCCCUAGGCCGAGAUCACAUGUCCAUCCUCAUCAACGCUGAUGGAGACCCCACUCAGAAGGAGCCAAUCAACUGGUCAGACAUUCCCUGUGCGAUGGAGCACAGUCCACCAUAUUUGAUUGCCAUACUGCAGAAGUUUGUGGAAGUUCGCACCAUUGACCCCAAGAAUUUGAUACAGAAUAUUUCCUUGCCGAAAACACGCUUGAUAUGUCAGGGGGAUGGCUGUAUCUAUGUAGCAUCCCCUAACAAUGUCUGGCGACUUGCACCUACUCCAAACGCUAACCAGAUAAAACAGCUGCUACAAGCCAAACAGUUUGAACUGGCUUUAAAAUUGGCUGAAUUAGCAGAGGAGCCAGAGAGUGAAAAGGAAAAAAGAAUCAGAAAUAUAAAAAACCUGUAUGCUUUUGACUUGUUUUGCCAGAAAAGAUUUGAAGAAUCAUUAGCCUUGUUUGCCAAGUUGGGCACAGAUCCCUCCCAUGUGAUUGGCCUCUAUCCAGGAUUGUUACCUGAAGACUUCAGAAAUAAACUAGAGUACCCUGAGAAAGUUCCAGAGAUCCAAGGUGUGGAGCAUGAGAAAGGCCUGUUGGCUCUGAUAGAAUAUCUAACUCAGAAACGAAAUGAACUGUCAAAGGACAUUGAUAAGGAGAUGACAACCACAGCAAUUGUGGAAGGAAACAAGACAAUUAACUCACGCAAACAACUGAGCCAGAUCAUUGACACUACCCUGUUAAAGUGUUACUUAGAGACCAAUGAUGCUCUGGUGGCUCCUCUGCUUCGGCUCAAAGACAACAACUGCCAUAUUGAGGAGAGUGAACGAGUCCUCAAAAAGAAGGAAAAAUUCUCGGAACUGAUCAUUCUUUAUGAGAAAAAAGGCUUGCAUCAAAAAGCUUUAAACUUGCUGAUGAAGCAAGCUGCUCGACCUGAGUCCCCGCUGAAAGGCCAUGAAAGAACUAUCCAGUAUUUACAGCAUUUGGGUCCUGACUAUAUUGACCUGAUUUUUGAGUAUGCAGAGUGGGUCUUGAAACAGUUUCCAGAAGAUGGACUAAAGAUAUUUACAGAAGAUCUUCCAGAAGUUGAGGCUCUGCCCAGGGACCAGGUUCUGGAUUACCUGGAGAAGAUCAGUAUAGACCUGGCCAUGCUCUAUUUGGAACAUAUUAUCACAGACUGUCAUGACCACACAGAAGAGUUCCACAACCGGCUGGUGGACCUCUACAGAGAGAAGAUACAGCGUCUGAAAGAGGAAUAUAUCCAUUCAUUACCAGAAGGUCACACUCCAUGCAAAGCUGGAGAAGAACCAGGAGAGCUGGGAGUGUUGCGAAAGAAGUUGGUGUCUUUUCUACACAAGUCUCAGAGGUAUAUCCCAGAGAGACUUCUGACUAGGUUUCCACCAGAUGAUUUCCAUGAAGAGAGGGCCAUUCUCCUGGGUCGCCUAGGACGGCAUGAACAAGCUCUUAGUAUAUACAUUAAUAUACUUAAGGACAUCAGGCUUGCAGAGGAAUACUGUGCUAUGAAUUAUGAGAAAGAAAAGGAAGGAUGCAAAGAUGUCUAUUUCCUGCUACUGAAGCUAUUCCUCAAGCCUGCAGAUGACCAUGUGGAUGGUCCCAACUCUCAAGUAGAUGGCAGACGGACAAACAUUGCCUUGAAACUGUUAGAAGAUCAUGCAAUGAAGAUUGACACUGCAAAGGCCUUAGAACUAUUACCUUCUACAACAAGACUCAGAGACAUUCUAGCUUUUCUAGAGAAUGUUAUGGAAAAUCAAGGUGUUCAGAGGAGGAGUAAUCAAAUCUUGAAAAGUUUGCUGUAUGCCGAAAACUUGCAGGUGACAGAACAUCUGAUUCACAAACAGUCAAUUAAAGUUAGUGUGACAGAGGAGGAUGUGUGCCGGUCAUGCAAGAAGAGGAUAGGACAAAGUGUAUUCUGUAGAUACCCGAAUGGCCAUCUCGUCCACUACUCCUGUUACACCCGGGAUUUAAACAAGUGA